UAAUGGCGCCGGCCCUGUUUGUGGCAUAAAUUAAAAAAAGGAGCCUAUCCUCUCGUUAAGUUCCUCACACGCUUUAGAAGAAAUAAUGUCGAAACUCCUCCAAUUGCUGUCCUUGUCCCUGAUCAUCUUAAUCUCCCAGUUCUUCCAUAUCUCCCAUGGUGAUGUUGGUACUGCAGCCCGGUAUUCUUCCCCAUAUUCACCCACUCAAUGUUUUGGGAGCGACCCAUCUCAGUUCCCUUCAAGCAACUUGUUCGCGGCGGCCGGCGACGGGAUAUGGGACAAUGGGGCAUCGUGUGGGAGGCAAUACUUGGUGAGGUGCAUCAGUGCUUCAAAGCCGCGUACCUGUAUUCAAGGCCAGACGAUUCAGAUUAGGAUCAUUGAUUAUAUUGGAACAGCACCUUCUUUGCCAUCCGUUAAUGGUACCACCAUAGUUUUGUCCAGAACAGCUUUCCAGACUAUUGCAAAUUCAUCUGUUGACGUUGCUUCCAUCAACAUUGAAUUUCAGCAGGUAUGAUGAUAUAUAUGGAAAAUGGAUGGUAUUGCUUCGCGUCAAUCGUCAAUCUCCCUCACGGGAUGGAGAUUGUAGCCAGAUAACGAAGAAUAAGAUGCAUCGUGUGAUAAUUGUGAGUAGACUACGUCGUUUCGUGUAUGGAAUUCUUUUCAACAAUUAAUUCGUAAAAAUAUAUAUAUAUAUAUAUAUCAUUGUACGUCAGACUGAGUUUUAUUAAAUUAUUAAAUAAUACGACAAAUCAAACAGCGUAAGCUGUGAUUGUUCGUAGUGGAA